CAAGUCAUAAAAACAGCUUUCUCCUUCCUGUUUAAGAUUAAACUCUUUCAGCUUUUGUUUUGACUGGACUUUGAACCAGUGAAUGAAAAACACAGAAGAGGAACUACAGAAAAAAAAAAAAGAGGCAGAUAGAAGUGAGGGUGCUUGGUAACUUGAGACUGCAGAAUACAGGAAGUACACGUAUGCAGAGAGAACAACUACACUUUGGAAGGAACUGGUGGUUAAGCAACAAUGGCAUUUGUGAAGAGCGGAUGGCUGCUCCGGCAAAGUACUAUUCUAAGGCGCUGGAAGAAGAACUGGUUUGAUCUGUGGUCUGAUGGCCGCUUAAUAUUCUACGAUGAUCAAAGUCGCCGUGAUCUAGAAGACAAAAUCCACAUGCGGAUCCACUGCAUCAACCUCAGAGUGGGAAAUGAAUGUCGAGAUUUCCAGCCUCCAGAGGGGAAGCAGAGAGACUGUUUACUGCAGAUUGUUUGCCGUGAUGGGAAGACAGUCAACCUCUGUGCAGAGAGUGCAGAUGACUGCCUGGCAUGGAAAAUUGCUCUCCAGGAUGCCAGAACAAAUACAGGCUACGUGGGAUCUGAUGUCAUGUAUGAUGAGACAGCCAUUUCCUCAGCUCCUCCUCCCUACACAGCUUAUGCCACACCAUCACCUGAGGUUUAUGGCUAUGGCUAUGAUCAGUACCAUGGUGCAUAUCCCCCCGUGGGCCCUCAGGUCUUCUAUGCCUCCAAUGGACAAGCUUAUGCUCUUCCCUAUCAGUAUCCAUACCAAGGACCUUAUGGCCAGCCCCCUGCAAACCAUGUCAUCAUUCAAGAGCGUUACCGUGACAGCGAUGGAGAUCUUGCACUGGGCAUGCUGGCUGGAGCAGCAACUGGAAUGGCUCUGGGAUCAUUAUUUUGGGUCUUCUAGAUUACCCUUUCCUUAUCUCUGUAGUUUCAAACCCCUUUAUUGUGUGCAAUAAUAUAUUGGCAAUGUUGUUUACUGUUAAACUUUGAAAAAUUCAAUAGUUAUUUUUCAGUAGUGACAUCUUAAUAACUGAUUCUUAACUGUCUUAAUGAGAGUUUAAAGGCACCAUUUAGUUAAGUGGUUGGAGAUGGCAUGUGCUGCUCUUGAGUUCUGGUCUGAUGUUCAGAAUUAUAAGAAUCAAUAUGAGCACCAGUGUCACGUGGUAGCAGUCACCUGCUUUAUGAGUAGACUGUUAUUGUAAACACCAUAGGAAAAAAGGGUUUUUGAGGGGGAGGGGUCUAAGAUCUAGUUCAUAUAAAAGGUUAACAGGAGUUCUGCAUUAGUAUAGACGUACUACUGGCUUUUAAACAUUCCCUGGAAAAGCACAGAGCUCAGCAGAGGUUCCUUGGGCAUUAGACAGUCUGCCAUGCUUGAGGGUUUUAUUGUUUUCAGACUUGCCUGCAGAUGGUACUGUGCUUUCUUAGGUGGAGCCCUGUUCCUCUCACACCAUCCAGGUAAAGUUGUCUCUGAGAAUGUAUGAGCAAACCACUAAGAAGCAGCAGCAGCACUGUUCAGUUCUUUUAUUCUCCCAGAAAUGUGAAUGACCAGUGGCAAGGAAGAGCAGUGUUUGUUGUACCAGCUCCCUCUUUAUCCUGGAUGACUCUUCUCUGGUCAGAUGGAAGUAGCAGAUCUUUAGCUUUGCAGGUGCCUGCAGAACAGCAGCCUCAGACACUGCACAGCUGCAUUGUUAGGAACCAGCCAUUGUCCUGUGUCUGUGUUUGUCAUUGCCAUGGCUCUGCAGAGUCUGCAGGAGGAGAAUGAACUUGAGCAGCCCUCGCUCUGUUGGGCCUCCCAGCCCCUCUGCAGGCAGGAACAGUCAGGAGGGGAGAGACAAGCACAGGGACAACACAAGUAGACCUUGCACACAGGCACUUUGAUAUCAGCUGCCUUGCUAGGGCUAGGACAGGAUGCCUGCCUCAGCCACCAAGGUUUCCUGAACCAGGUUCCUUAUUUGCAACUAAUUUUGAGCACAGCUGAGCUUGGAUUUGUUGUAUGCACACUUCACAUUCAGCAGGUCUCCUCUCCAUGACUUGUUGAGAAAAACACUCCAAGGAACCUGUCUGGUUUUGCUGGUAAGCAUGGUUUCUGUGUGCUGUGGACUGUCCCCUGGAGUGCAGCUGUUUGUGUGUUACAUGGCCUGUUCUAAUCCAUGCUGAGCUGUGCUCAGCAGGGAAAGAAAUGCAUGGGCUUUCUUGUUCAGGUAAAUGAGGCAGGGUGCCUAAGUUGAGUUCUUAUAGUAAGAGGACUUAUUUUUAUACUUCGACUUUUAGCUUCCUGUAUUCGCAUACUGUUUUGAUGUUAAGUCUUACUUAUCCUUCCAUUUAGAAGAAGGUUAAUUUCCUUACAGUUCACAGUGUUUCAUGUCAGGAAAGAAGAAAACAGAUGAGAACUUGCACCCAUAUAAAUUAAACUGAAGUCCCAAUAUUCUCCAUUUCAUCCUAAAACUCUCUUGGCUCUGGCCUAAUUAUUUAAGCAGUAGAGGUCCUGGACAAGAGUUUAGGUAGCAGCCAGGGGAGGCACUAGGCUUUCAUGAGCCUCAGGACUAACUCAACCAAGUGGAAUUACUGGAAGUACACAGACAGAUGUAUUUGUGGCUGAUUUACUCAGAGUGCCCUAAUCCAGGGAAGGUGAACUGCUUUCAGGAGGCUGGCUCUGAGCUGUGCACCAAUGUGCAUGCAUGUCCUUUCACAGUUUAACACAAGCUGCACGUGUUCUGCCACUUAGAUGUACUGAAAGAACAUUCUGGAAGUGCAAAAGAGGACUAAAGUGAAAGUUUCCUAUUGCUGGUCCAAACCAAAAGAAAUUGCAGUACACUGGUGAAGCUCUCUUAGAAACUUGGUAGCCAUGAGGUCAGAAAGGGGUGGAAUAUAAGUGAAUAAAAAUGUCUAUCCUUUUAAAAAGCCCUUUAAGAGGCGAAUUCGAUUACAGGUCUUUGCUGCUGUUUGGUUUGUGCUUUGCAAUAGUGAGUUCUGCAGAACACCUCCAUCUCUUCUUCCUCUGUGAUUCUUGACUUGUAAGGAGUAGGGGAGAAUUAAACAACUGGGCAUCAUAUGAUUUUUGUAAUUUCAUAAUGAUCAGGAAAGGAUAAAAUCAAUCAGCUAGGGUUUGUUUGUUUUUUUCAGAAGAGCUGUUAGUUACAGCAGGGGAACAUGUCUUUUGUGUUUUCAGGAGAUAAGUCUGUCUAGGUCCCUAGUUUCUUCAAGUGAAGUAUAUAAAAUAAAGAUUGUUGAUUGCAAAACA